CUCGUUAGUCUCAUUUCGUUAGUGGGGCGAGAACAGCUUCGUUGUUGUUAAAUAUAUUUAUUGAGCAGCAUUCAACCUACACCAACACAAUUAAGCCCAAAAAAAGACGAAUUCAACUCAAUCCGUUGCUCGGCUGCCAGCAGACUUGAAUCCGAGACACGGCCAAAUGCAUCGCAAUCAAAAUGACCAUUUUCAUGGUGUCAAUGAGGGCGUACCAGUGGUCCCACUGAUACCAGAACUCCCAUUUCCAGACAUGGAGGUGGACAUGGAGAACAACCUGGGGCAGUCCCUCAGCAAAUCCUUGGCGGCCCCCACUGUGAGCGAUCAGGCGCUUAAUACUCUCAACGAACUUCGCGAGGCUAAUCUCUUGUGUGAUGCAGAAAUCUCAGUCGGAGAGUACAAGCAUACCUUCAAUGUGCAUCGCGCCAUCAUGUGCUCCUGCAGCUCCUACUUUCGCGUACAAUUCACGGGCCAAGGAUUUGUGCCGGAGGGUGGCGCCAGCGAAGACAUCCGUGCCGUGCACAUACCAGGCGUGAGAGCUGCCAUCAUGAACUGUGUCAUCCAGUACGCUUACCUGCGCAAGACCAACAUCUGCGACGACAACGUGCACGAGCUACUCAUAUGUGCGGAUUACUUGGGCAUCGUGGGGCUAGUCAAGCAGUGCAAGGAGUACCUCAGCCGCUCCCUCACCCCGGAGAACUGUGUCAGCAUCAUGGGAUUUGCACGCUUUCGAUUUCUGGAGGAUUUGCACUUAAAGGCCCGCAAUUAUACGCUGCGCUACUUCACGGAGGUGGCUGCUCGCAAUACGGACAUAUUGGACAUGAAUGUGACAGACUUUUAUGGCAUAAUUAGCGACGAUGAGCUUAACACACGCGAGGAGGACUAUGUGUGGAAGAUGUGUGUCAAGUGGAUAGACCGCGAUCCAGAGAGCCGCAAGAAGCACGUUGCCCACUUGAUGACAGGCGUACGUUUGGGUCUAAUGACCCCAAAGUGCUUCAUGGAGGAGGUCAAGGAGCAUCCGUAUGUGCUGCAGUGCGCGGAGGCCAAGCCGUUGAUAGUGGACACCUUUAAGUUCAUGUAUGAUCUGGACUUUCUAAACCCACAAGCCGAUGAGCUCACCACACCGCCGCUGGCCAUGCCGCGUUUACCCCACGAGGUGAUUUUCGCAAUUGGCGGUUGGAGUGGUGGAACUUCAAAGGCUUGCAUCGAGACCUACGACACGCGCGCUGACCGCUGGGUGAACAUCCAUGCCGAAGAUCCAGCUGGACCCAGGGCUUACCACGGCACCGCCGUGAUCGGUUUCAAGAUCUACUCCAUUGGGGGCUACGACGGCGUCGAGUACUUCAACACAUGCCGCGUCUUCGAUGCUGUGAAGAAGAAGUGGAGCGAGGUCGCUCCGAUGCACUGUCGCCGCUGCUACGUCAGCGUGGCCGAGCUGAAUGGAAUGAUCUAUGCAAUCGGGGGCUAUGACGGGCACAAUCGAUUGAACACUGUGGAGCGCUACAACCCGAAGACAAACCAAUGGACCGUCAUUCCGCCGAUGAACAUGCAGCGAUCCGAUGCCAGUGCCUGCACCCUGAAGGGUCGCAUCUUUGCCACUGGCGGAUUCAAUGGCCAGGAGUGUCUGGACAGUGCCGAGUUCUACGAUCCAACGACCAAUGUAUGGACGCGGAUAGCGAACAUGAACCAUCGUCGCUCGGGGGUGAGCUGUGUCGCCUUCAAGGGCCAACUGUAUGUGAUUGGGGGCUUCAAUGGCACUGCCCGAUUGGCCACCGGUGAGCGGUAUGACAUGGCAUCCCAAACAUGGCACUCCAUCAGGGAAAUGAAUCACUCGCGCAGCAACUUUGGCCUGGAGAUCAUCGAUGAUAUGAUAUUCGCAAUUGGAGGCUUCAACGGUGUCUCGACCAUUUCCCACACUGAGUGCUAUGUGGCCGAGACAGAUGAGUGGAUGGAGGCCACUGACAUGAACAUUGUGCGCUCCGCCCUAUCGGCCAAUAAUGUCGCUGGACUGCCGAACAAACGGGACUACAUACACAAGGAGCGGGAUCGCCUAAUGGAGGAACGACGUCAGCGAUUGAUGGCCUCUGCCAUGGCUCGAGACGAAGUUGGCCAUGGAAAUGCUCCGCACUCGCUGGUGGCAACCAAUGAUGCGGCACUCGAUGACUACGACAGUCCCAUCGAGGACGAAGACGAUCAGCCGCAACUGGCACUGCAGCAACUGGGCUUGCCCUUACCAUUGCCACUGCCAUUGGCCAUGCCCGUUCUUCCCAUUGCUGCUCCAGCUGGUGGUGCCUUAGGGCUUGCCCAACUCGAAGUUCAACCACAGCCUGGCCAAGCGGUGGACGAUCCCGGACAGGAAAACAAUCGGCGAUUUCGGGUGCAGCUGCGUAAUCAGCGCUAUGGUUCGGUUCAUGAAAUUCGUCGUCGCGCCUAGAAGCUGGCGCCACUCCCACACCCGGCCAUGACUGCUUUUACCCUCCCAUAACCCCGUGACUACCCUGAUAAGACAACAAUAAGACACAUAACAUAUCACAUUAGAAGAUGCGUUUGCGUGGGCUGCAGCCCACGUCUGUAAGAACAAUUUUCGAUGAUCCUUUUGGCUCCAUUUUCCGUUUGACGCAAAUCGCCUCCUCGGCGCAUAUCCAAAUUUCAGUAUACAUCCAAAUUUGCACAGAAGCUGUAUCUAAAUUCCCUGGCAUUGUGCAGACUUCAAAUAAAUAAAUCGCUGCAUUGUAAUAGUAGUAAA